UACCAAGGGUGAAGCCGAGGCGGGCCGCUAGUGUGCAACAAGAUGAUAAAACUUAUUCUUUUUAAUCUGUUUCAGUUAACGAUAUCAGAUAGAACUCAUCUUUUAAACGAUGCAUUCGCUUUGGCAGAGGCUGGCCACUUACCUUACGAUACAGCGUUGAAUCUCACGACCUACCUCACUGGAGAAAAGGAUUAUGUGCCUUGGGAUAAUGCUGCUGCGAUCUUUAGCAAAUUGUCAGACAGAUUAUAUAAUACAACGGAUUAUGAUAAUUUAAAUAAAUAUGUGCAGCAUCUUGUAAAACGGCUAUAUUUGGAGCAAAGUUGGGAAAAGACUGACUUAGGCAUUAUAGAAGGUCUCCUCCGCACAAAAAUCCUUGCCUUCGCGACCUCUUACGGUUUGCCGGACGCUGAGAAAACUGUACGCGAGAUGUUCCUUGCCUGGCUCGACUCCUACGGUACCGCAAGCGCGAAGAACAUCGAGCCAGAAUUGCGAGAUUUUGUCUAUGUACAAGGAAUGAGAAAUGCUUCAAUGGAAGAGUGGGAUAAAUUAUGGCGCAUUUAUCAAAUGGAGGAAGAUGUGCAAGAACAGACAAAAAUAAGAACAGCACUAAGUGCUCCAAAGGAUGCGGAUAUACUCAGAAAAUAUUUAGACCUUGCGUGGGAUGAGAAAAACAUUCGCAGUCAAGACUAUUUGAAUGUACUAAGUAUUAUAAGUUCGAACCCAUCUGGGACCGCGCUAGUGUGGGAUGAAGUUCGUUCGAAUUGGCCACGGUUGGUCGACAGGUUCACUUUGAAUAGCAGAUAUCUGGGAAAUCUUAUACCUAGCAUUACCAGUACGUUUAAUACGCAGGAAAGAUUGCAAGAGAUGGUGAUCUUUUUUGAAAAAUACCCAGAAUCGGGUGCUGGAGCUUCAGCUCGUAAACGAGCACUUGAAAAUGUUCAAAAUAAUAUUCAAUGGUCUUCUCAAUACAAAGAUGUUGUGGCUUCGUGGCUGGAAAAUCAUCUUAAAAUAAUUGGAUAAUAUAAAUAUUUAUUUAUCUUUCAAAU